UUUGAAAGCUGUCAAAGUGUCAAAGCCUACCAUUAUGAUCUAUUUUUAUUUUUUAACAAAUUGAAGAUAUAUUUAAUGUUAUGAAUGAACUUGGAUAUAAAUUAAAAUUAUAAACGCCUAUAACAGACCUUUUACUGUACUUGGUUAAUUUGAGUUCACGAUGGCAGAAAAUCCCAGCAGUGAUGGAUUUUCGGAAGCAGAUAGAUUGAGAGAAGAUGAAUUGGCUCGAGAAUUGGAGCACAGUGACUCCAAUGAAGAUGAUUCUCAAGAAAUAUCUUUGGAAAUUGAAGAAAAAUUACUUAAAGAUGAACCUGAGUAUACAACAUUGGUUAAUUAUGGAGACAAUAUCCAGGAUUCACAAAGUAAUAUUGUUGAAAGUUACUCUGACAAUUUAAACAAUGUUGACAUCACUCAUGCCACUGAUGAACUGGGCAAUAGUAUUUAUACGGAAAACUCCGAUAGUUUCAUUACAACACAAUCUGAUUUGCAUGACAUCAGUGAAUCAUAUGAACCUUAUAUGAAUGAAUACAGUUAUGAAACACAACAAUCAGAAGAUAGACAAUAUGAUAUGCAGCAUAAAUAUGAUACUAAUGAUGACAAUGGUGAUGGAGUUAUGUCCAACAUAAAUGAAUCUCAAAAUGAGAAUUAUGACUCACAAAAUAAUGAAGAUUUAUUAAUAAGUGAAAGAGAGAGGGAAAAGAAAAGUAAAAAAGAGUUGGAAGAAGAGGAGAGAGAAAAAAUGCAAGUUUUAGUCUCAAAUUUUACAGAGGAACAGCUAGAUAGGUAUGAAAUGUACAGAAGAGCGGCUUUUCCCAAAGCAGCUGUGAAACGCUUGAUGCAAACAAUAACAGGAUGUUCCGUCGGACAAAAUGUUGUAAUUGCGAUGUCAGGUAUUGCUAAAGUAUUUGUUGGAGAAGUUGUAGAAGAAGCUUUAGAAGUUCUUGAGAAGUCUGGUGAGGCUGGACCCUUACAGCCUAAACAUUUAAGAGAGGCUUUACGUCGACUGCGAGUGCGCGGCGCCAUACCUGUGAGGAGAGGCUACAGAAGUACUUUUAGACUUUGAUAUUUUCAAUUGUUCACUCUGUAAAUAUAUUUUCUUUAAUGUAUGGAACCAUUUGGUUCAUUACAGUCAAUUACUUAGUUGUCUAGUAGUCAUGUAAAUAGAUAAUAAAUAUUGUUAAGAAUUUAUUAAAGUGUAUUUG